UCAUAAAACAUUUUCAGGUGUUCGAGAUUUUGAGGCGUUUGAAUCUCCCCAACACACGAUAUGCCAGCGAUGAAAUUUGAUGCUAUUGAACCCAAUUUGAAGAGAGCAAGAAAUACUAAUGGUAGUGUUAGUGAGAGGGAAGGGAAUGAAGAUAGGCUCAGUGACUUACCGGAUUGUGUUCUGAUUCACUUGUUGGAAUUCCUAACAACCAAAGAUGCUGUUAGGACUACUCUCUUGUCCAAAAGAUGGAAGGAUCUAUGGAAACGAGUUCCUUCUCUUAGAUUACGUAGCACAGACCCUGAAUUUCGACAUAUGACAUUGUUCAAGAAAUUUGUUAAUAAGGUUCUAUCUUUUCGUGACGGCUCUGCUCCACUCCACAGCCUAGAUUUCUGUUAUAAUGGUCUUAUCCCACCUACGCUUUUGAUAAGGGUUGUGAAAUAUGCUAAAUCACAUAGGAUUGAGCAAUUGAGACUCAAUAUUGAUUCUGGUGGUAUAGAGUUGCCACCUUGCUUGUUUUCCAUUCAAACUAUAACGUGGCUUGAUCUUUCAGUUCCUAGUGGAGAGGCCCUCGGAUUGCUUCCAAAGUUUCUAAAUAUGACAGCUUUAAUGAGUUUGCGUCUUAGGAGAUUUGCUUUUAGUGCUGGUGAUGGCGAACUGGUGGAUCCCUUUUCGGGUUGUAUCAAGUUGAAGACUUUGGUCAUUGAGCAUUAUGUUGUAAAGGUUCCACAUAUCCUCUGCAUUUCAAAUGUUACACUUACCAAUUUGACCAUUCAUUCUUCCCCUUUUCAUAGCAAAGAAGCUUAUGAAAUUGUGCUAUCAACUCCGAGUCUUCGUUCUUUUGCUUAUCGGGGUGUUAUCUCUCAGAAAAUCUCUUCAAAAAGCAAUCUUUCUUUUCUUGAAGAAGUAAAUAUCGAUGUUCCCAAAUCGUUAUUAUCGAGUCGCUUGCACUCACCUUUCAUCCUAAUUAGCUGGCUGCAAUUGCUUGCUAAUGUAAGAUCAUUGACUGUCAGUUCAUGUACUCUUGAGAUUCUCUCCAAAAUCCCAGAUUUGGUGAACACUGAAAGCCCAUGCUUGGAUAACUUGAAAUCAUUGAUAGUGAAAGUGCAGAAGUUUCGCAGGCCGGUGAAGCUACAUAAAGCAGAACUGCAACUGUCAUCUCCACGAAUUGAUGGAGCAGUUGAUUUCCUAAUUCGAAACUCCCUCUUUCCAGAGGUUACUAUAGUAGAUUACUGAAGCCAUUGGCAUUUAUCGUGUGAAACUUACAUGCCAUUUUUUAGGAUCUAAUGGCUGUCAAAUUUCAAUUUGAUUGGGCAAUGUUUUAUUGGAUACGAUUAGACAUUUGGCCUCUAGAUGUGGCAAUAAUUAGUUAUGUUGCUGGAAGAGUGUUGCUGAAAAUUUUACCAUGCUGCUUAAUGUCAAUGCUUCAAGACUUGGUUGGGCUCUAAAAGUUGGAGUGGUGCAGUUGUGGCAGGUACCAGACAGAGAUGGUGCUAGUGAUGUGUUCAUCAUCAAAGGAAAAAGGCUUUUUUCAUAGUGUCAGGAAGUUGGAAUCUGAGUCUGACUUUAGGUUCAAAGGGGUUUUUACCAUUGUGAUUUGCUGUCAUGAGAAACCGAAUGGCAAUAAUCAAUUUUGAUAUUUUAUGUUUGGAAUUUUUUAGUAAACUAUUUAUAAUUAUGAAAGAUUUGAACAUUGAUACAACAAA